AUCCUCCGCCUCCUCUUCCUCGUUUCUUACACCCUCCCCGGGUCGAUCUGCAUCCUCCGCUUUCAUUCAGAUUUGCCCAUCCCUUCCUCACUUUCCUUUGCUGUGUUCCUCUCUCUCUCUCUCGUUUCGUCUUGUUGCUGUUACCGCCGCCACCAAACCUUAUCCUUGCUUUCCUUCCAACCCCUCCUCCUCUUCCUCCUCCUCCUUUCGGAGCUCUUCAAAGCUGCCUAGCACACAGUCAUACAUAGCAUAACACACCACUCUCCAGUGUGGGGGAACAAUGUCAGCUAUUCUGGAUCUGGACCAGAUUGCAUGCUCUGGCAAUGGAGUGGAGCAUGACAUUGAAACUCCUCAUGGCGUUCUCCAUGUGACCAUGAGGGGUGUUCCCAAGGGCAACAGACCCAUCAUCCUCACCUAUCACGACAUUGGCCUCAAUCACAAGUCGUGCUUCAACACCCUGUUCAACUACGAGGACAUGCAGGAGAUCACACAGCACUUUGCGGUGGUCCACGUGGACGCGCCCGGCCAGCAGGAGGGCGCACCCCCUUUCCCCAGCAGCUAUCGCUAUCCAACUAUGGAUGAAUUGGCUGAAAUGCUGCCAUCCGUGAUGACUCAGCUCAAGGUCAACAGCGUCAUCGGCAUCGGUGUGGGAGCAGGAGCAUACGUCCUCUCUCGCUUCGCCCUGAACAAUCCCACGCUGGUGGAGGGGCUGGUGCUCAUCAAUAUUGACCCGUGCGCGGAAGGUUGGAUCGACUGGGCGGCUUCGAAACUGACUGGAUGGACCAGUAACCUGGUGGAUAUAGUCAUGGCUCAUCAUUUCAGCAGUGAUGAGCUAACAGAGAACCAGGAGCUGAUCCAGACUUACCGCUUACAUAUCGCCCAAGACAUCAACCAGGACAACUUGGCCCUCUUUUGUGGCUCCUACCAAUAUCGCCAGGACCUGGAAAUCGAACGGCCCAUCGUAGGCUUGAAUGAGGACACCGUCAACACGCUAACGUGCCCCGCUUUGCUGGUGGUAGGUGACACAUCACCCGCUGUGGACGCUGUGGUGGAGUGCAAUUCCAGGUUAAAUCCAACAAAGACCACUCUGCUGAAGAUGGCCGAUUGUGGAGGCUUACCCCAGGUUGUUCAGCCAGGAAAACUUGCUGAGGCCUUCAAGUAUUUUGUUCAGGGAAUGGGCUACAUUCCCUAUGUCCUUCUCAGUCACCUGAGCAACGAAUCAGUGCCGUCAGCAGGGAUGACUCGGCUGGCUCGCUCACGCACCGCCUCCUCAUCCAGCAUCACCUCCAUGGACAGCAGCCGCAGCCGCCACAACUUGAACAGCCUGCUGGAGAACAACGCCCCGGCCGCACCGCAGACCAUGGAGGUGUCCUGCUAAAAUCUUCUACCCAUGUACUCGCUCACUUUGUAACUUAAAUGUACUCUGUCACGCGCUUUCUCUCCCUCGAGUCAUCGCCCGCAGGUUCCGUGGCGAACCAUGUGAUUUAGAAGAGGGUGUAAUAACCAUAUAACAGAAACCUAUUAUCUCGUUAUAACAGAAACACAUUCCUUAACCGUUCUGAUGUCUUGUAUAUUCACACGUGAUCCACUCACCUUACUCGUAUUUAUUGUUUUUUUAUGUUGGUUCCAAGGUACUAGAACAUAACCUUGUUUUUAUCGUCGUGCUAACUUGGUUUUAAUGCUAUAAUGCUAACUUUAGUUUGAGAUCUAAAGAGGCUGCCUCCAUGAAUUGUGAGUCGCUGUAUAUUUGUGCGUUUUUAAACUAUAAGACUUGACUACAAAUUGCGGCACUAUGAUGCAGAAAGUGUAUAAAAGUGACUAAGCAUUAACCUAGAAGCGGAACUGCCUAAGUCUUGUUUGAAUGUUUUAGAAGAUAAGAAGUGUCUAGUUGACUUGGUUUGGCACAUUCCAGGACCUGCAUAACUGUGGAGGAGAAAAAAAAUAAAACACCAUCACAUUGGUAAUAUAGUUUUUUUGUCAAUUGUGUGUCUGUGACAAUACGUUCAAAACGACUUGGGCAGUUCUGCAGCUUGCUUAACGAAACGUAGCUGCAGAAGGAAGAUGGCUUUGUGUACCUAAGGUCAUGCCAGCUAAAAUCAGCUUGAAGUAAUAUUUAGCAUUCAAAUGUGUACUACUGUCUUGUCCACCUUGUUUACGCUGAAUCUUUUAUUUCUGCGUCGUUAAGCUUUGUGUUGAUUUUACUGCACUCGUGUCAUGUGACCCAGGCAUUUGUUCCUCUCACUUGUCUGCUGACUCUUUUACUUACUACUCAAUAAAGAGGUAGAUGAUGACAAGUA